GAAACUACAGCUUUUGUAAGAAUUCUUGGAAGGAAGGAGUUUGCUUCCUUGUGUGAUUUGUUUACUUCAAUAAUAUUUGCAAAAAAUUCCGCUUAAAGUAAACAUAUAAACCUAUAAGAUUAUGAGCAAGCAUCAAAAAGAUGCAACUGACGCAUCUGGUAAGGACAGUAGCGAUGACAACAUGGCAAAAUCUUCAAGGGCUGGCAUGAAGGUUGUCAAAAAUGAGCCUCUGCCAACAGAGUUGCUUGAGCCAGUUGUACCAGAAUUUGAGUGUCCAGUGUGUCUACAAGGUGCCAGUUUCCCUGUACAGCUACCGUGUAGGCAUAUCUUCUGCUUUCUCUGUGUUAAAGGUGUUGCCAAUAGAAGUAAAAGAUGUGCAUUAUGUAGACAAGAAAUUCCUUCAGACUUCUUUAAUGAUCCUAAAUUAUUAUGUGAGAAUGAAAUAAAAGAAAAAUCAUUGUCUAUUUUUGAUGAAGGUUACCAAUGGUUUUAUGAAGGUAGGAAUGGAUGGUGGCAAUAUGAUGAGCGCACAAGUCUAGAACUUGAAAAUCGCUACAAACAAGGAGAUAAAAUGUUUGAGCUACUUAUUGCUGGGUUCUUGUAUGUAAUUGAUUUGGAAAAUAUGAGACAAUUUCGUCGUAAUGAUCAAACUAGACGAAGGCGAAUAAGGAGAGACUUGCGUAAUGUCCCCGGUAUUAAAGGAAUUGCUGGUCUUAAGUUUCAUGGUGAUGAAUCAGUCAGACCAAGUGGAGAUGGAGGGGAAGCAAAUCAGACAGUACCUAAUGGAGGUUCUACAUUAACUAGCAGUAAUAAUGAUUCAACUACAAGUACAAACCCUUCACUAACACUUCAACACGCAGUAGAUGGUAACCCUUCAGCUGGUGAUGAUACAUAUCUUACCCCACCAGCACCUAACAAUACACCUCAGACACCAAUGACCCCAGCAGAUAGUCAACCAGGCAGUUUGUCAGGCUCACAAGAAGACCUUAGUUUACACCUUCAACACCUGCAUAUUAAUUCUAAUAGUUCUUCCAGAAAUUCCCCAUCCGUUGAUGCUCAAGAUCAGUUUCGCUAUCGUUACCCAGCUGAUCCAUAUGACGGUGAUUUUACUCCGUCAGAUGACCAGCAAGAUUUUGACCAGCAACAGGAUUCUAUACAUCUUAAUUCUAGUAACUCGUCAACAGAUUCAAUGGCUCAGGCCAAUCUUACACAGCAACAUUGUCCCGAUCACCAAGUCCCUUUAAACCAUGUACCGAGUGGUCAGGAUGAUGAAGAAGAUUUAGCCGUGCCGACCGUGCCAAGGCAAACUAGAAAUCCUGAUACUGGUAGAUAUGAAACUUACCUGUAAACAAUUCUAGGAAAAAAAUCCUUUAAUUUAUUAUUAACUAUGUGUUUUUGUCAUAGAUGGUUAUGCAAAUUUAAAUGUAUUUCAAGAUUUGCUAUUGUCUAAUGCAAAAUGAAAUACAACGAUGGCAGAAAGGAGUAGCUGCUGUAAUUUAUAUAAUUUGAUCAAUAUAUGGAGUCUCAAUUGAGGCUAUAUGUUCUUAUAUUAGAAGACACAAAAUCAUGCUGAAAAAUUCAUGGACAACUGUCAAAUUGCAUCCAAAGUUUAAGAAAAUAUAAUGAAUUUUGCAAGAUUUACGUUCAAGAGAAUCAAUAAAUUCUGGAAUGGGAUAUCUGUGUGUUUACGCAAACAUAUGAAAUUGUAAUAAAAUGUUUUUUGGGUCUUGAUAGAAAAGAUCAUUUUCGAGUUAUUUUACUGGUUGAAUGAAUGAUAUUUUAUUUACUUUUUUUGCUCAAUAAUCUUUUUCUUUAUUAUUUAAAGUUUAUGUCAUGUGAAUAUAAGUGCUAUUUUUAGCUCACCUGUCACAAAGUGACAGGGUGAGCUUUUGUGAUCACUUUUCGUCCGCCGUCCGUCCGUCGUCCGUCCGUCCGUAAACUUUUACUUUAAAUGACAUCUCCUCAUAAACCACUAAGCCAAUUUCAUUCAAACUUCACAGGAAUGUUCCUUUUGGUGGUCACCUUUAAAAAUUGUUCAAAGAAUUUAAUUCCAUGCAGAACUCUGGUUGCCAUGGCAACCGAAAGAAAAAAACUUUACAUAUCUUCUUUUAAAAAACCCAAAGAGCUAGAGCUUAGAUAUUUGGCAUGAAACAUCUUCUAGUGAGUGUCUACCAAGUUUGUUCAAAUAAAAAGCC